AUGAAGCUGCGCGUCGGCCCGCUGGUGGCAACCUGGUACGCAGCCUCCAUCGCUGCCAUCUGGACCGCCAAGAUCGUGCUGCAGGAGCUCGCCUGCCCAGCGACCCUUGCCGCCGUCCAGUUUGCCGUGGCAGCAGCGGGCACACGCUGCCUGCUGCCGUCCUCCUCCCGCGGCCCGCUGAGUGACGUCGAGCUGCGGGCGGUGCGCGGCGUGAGCCUGACAUACACGCUCGGCUUCCUGCUCACCAACGCCGCCAUCGCCGCCGCCGCGCCGAGCUUCGUGGAGACGGUCAAGGCGGCCGAGCCUCUCACCACGGCAGUCGCUCUUGCCGGACUGGUGCUGGGCGAGCGGGAGCGGCCCGCCACCCUCCUCGCCCUCCUCCCGAUCGUCGCCGGCGUCGCGACCGCUUGCUCCGGCGGCGGCGCCUUCAGCGCCACCGGCGGGGCCCUCGCCCUCGCGUCGAACGUCGCCUUCUCUGGCCGCGCCGUGCUAGCCGCGUCGCUCGACCCUCCUCAUGCGUUGGUCAGCUCAGUUGGCGUCAGCUUCGCCGUCCUCGCACGCGUCAGCAUCGCGACGCACGCCGUGCUCAACAUCCUGCGCCGCGUGCUCGUCAUCGGCGCUGCGGCGGCAGUGGCCAACUGCGCGGGCGUCGCCACGGCGGUGGGAGGCGUCGUCGCCUUCGCGCGGACCAAGGCGCGCGACGGCAACAGCAGCAGCGGUGGGGCCAGCGGCAGUGGCAGGACUCGCACAAAGGGUUUGCUUCCGGAUUGCUGCGGCCUGCGCUUGCCAGGCGCAAUUUUGCUGGGCGACUGCGCGCCGGGCUAG